AUUACAUGUUUUGCUAAAAUCUGUGGAAAAUUCUCGAUUGGUAAAGGCACUUUUUGUGUGUUUCCAUGGGAGACAACAACGAGAACUGGAGAAACGAGCUUCUUCAAGAUAUCGAUGGUCUUGAUCUGAUUGAUGUCUCCACCGAGGAUGAUAACCUCCUUCUCUUCUCGUCCCUCCUCGAUCCAUCCAGCUUUGAAUUCUCAGAUACUGAUAAGGAAGACAGAGGUCUUGGUUUGUUUGGUGAUGAAGAGAUUUUGGUAUCUACUACUUUGCAAGAGAAGGAACCUCUUAAGAUGAUGAAGACUAAUUUGCGCAAAAGUCUUGCUUGGGAUAAAGCCUUUUUCACCAAUCCAGGUGUUUUGGAACCGGAUGAACUCUCUAGCAUGAUGGAGAGAAAGAAUUUACCAACCAUUCAGGAGGAUCUGCAUAGAUCAACAGAGUCCAUAUCUACAUUGAAAAGUGACUGCACUGUUGAGACUGGUCAUGAGUUUGUUUCAUUUGAUGAUGUAAGAGGGUCAAUCCAAAGGUCUGAUGCAGCAACACCUGACAAGACUAAUGGAUUGAGAGCAACAGAGACAACACCUAGCCCAACUACAAGUACACUAGACGACCCUGGCUCUGAGGAAAAGAUGACACCAAAUCCUAUUCGUAAAAGGCCAAGUAUUAGGGCGCAAGGAUUAGUAAAAGGGACAAAGAAGCCCAUCGCUUCAUCAGAACACAAUACUUCCAUUUCCAGGCCAUCCACUGGACUCAGCAAAACUAUCAGAGCUUCAGUCGAUACUAACAAAGCCAAACAAGAAACGAAUCCUAAAUUAUCUGGGGGUAAAGAGCCUUUGGCUUCCAGACUUCCAAUUUCAAGAAGGACUCGACCUACUGUAUCAACACCUCUAGUGCCUUUUAAAUCUGCUUCACGUUCUUCACUUGCCUCCAAGAAUGAAUUGACAUCUUCUUGCUCCUCACUUGAGAGCUGUCUCAGUGUUUCGUCAAUCACUUCUAACAAGUCUUCUCUAAAUUCAGUAAAGCAGAAGAAAGAUCAGAGUUUAAGAAUAGCUACCCAUACUUUGGCAAAUAGACCAACAUCCCGGGCAGGAUCUAAAGUUAUAGGCCAGCCUAAAGUUUCACCCCUCUCAGCCAAUAGGACGUACAAUUCCAAGCUUAAUGUUUCACGUCUAAGUGCUAGUGUUGACUGGUCAUCCGAAUCACUGCGAGCUUCAACACCUAAUAAACUGGCUAAAGGCAACAAGAAAACUGUCUUUGGUGAAAGCAGCCCUGCAACACGGACUUUGAAGCCUUUUAACAAUUCUAAAGAUGUAUUUGCUGUCCAAGAUGACACUAAGUCGGAUAAAGGAGGUGCAAAAUGUGGUUCACUUGUCAAUGGCGGUGCUGUGCCCUCUGCUUCCAUGAUGAAACCAACAGGACUCCGCGUGCCAUCACCCAAAAUUGGCUACUUUGAUGGAGCGAGGAGCAGCGUUGCACGAACACCCACAGGAUCGUGUAAUAGUCUUGUAAGUGGCUUGGCAAAACAUGGAGCUCGUACUCCCAAUGGAUCAGCUACUAGUAGAACCACGUCUGCAAAGUCCCAACCUACAAUGUCUAAAGCAAAGGCCAGUCCUGUUUCAAGGAAUUCAAGGCUGAUUGUCUCAGCUUCACCAAAGCUUACCAGCAAAAUGUAUUCAAAAGUCAGUGCAGAGGAACAACUCGGAUAAUGUAGCAACGGUAAUGAAGCCAAAUCACUUGCAACUUCGUAUAAUAUACAGCUUUUAAGUAAAGACCAGAUGGACAAGUGCUCUAUCAUGAAUAGUUUUGAUUAGUACUUGCAGUCUGGUUUGCUAUGGAUUUUAUGAAGUAUAAAAAUCAACUUGUAUAUCAAGUUUUGAAACCUUCUAUUCAAAAAUACAGUAUACUUUUAUUA